GUGACGGCAUCUGGUCCUUGUUGGUGCUUCGCCAUCUGCUUACACUGCGUCUUCUGCUUCUUUACUUCUUCUCGGCUAGUCUAGUCUUGCUAGUCAGACUACUUCUUCCGUGUUGUUCCUCUCCAUGGAUUGGUCAUUGCAUCAUCCGCUGUGAGGUGGCCUCCAAAUGGGUUCCUUCACUGGAUACGUUGUCAUAUACAUCCUCGGCGGCGUCACGUUUCUUCCUCUCAUCAUUGCCCUCUUGGUCCUGCAUGCCUACCUUACUCUUCGACCCCCUGCACCUAGCACUACUGCUGCUAGUCGUGGCAGCAGCACUAGCACCACCUCCCUCCUCGAACGCCCCAGCGAUGACCAAUACAGCCUGAAAAGCGGCACCGAUGUCCUCGCCGAGAAAUUCCAGCGGGCACACGAGUCCGAUGUGGCCGCCGGUUACUUUGCUGUCUGUCGCGAAUAUGUGCCCGGCGGAGUGAAUGGGAAGCCGCUUGAACGGACAACGCCAGCGGGCGACGUUGUGGCCUCGGAAAGCCCCAGUGUGUACAAGACCAUGUAUCGCAGCAUCUUCGACCGGAAGCAGCCGCCGACGAUCGAGCCUGCGGGGAAUAAUAAUAAUAACAACCCGAAAAAUUUCAAGAAGGCGCGGAAUGUGUUUUAUAUUGUCUUGAGGCACGGCCAUCUGAUGCUCUACGACGAUGAGCAGCAGGUCGAAGUACGCCAUGUGAUUUCUUUGGCACAUCACGACGUUAGUAUCUACGGCGGCGGGGAGGAUAUUCCAGAAGGAGAGCUUUAUAUCAAACGAAAUGCUAUAUGUUUGGCUCGACGAGAGGAUUCAAUUGCCGAUCUACGUGGCCUGACGCCUCCGUUUUAUUUAUUCUCGGAAACCCAGUCGGGAAAAGAGGACUUUUAUCAUGCCCUACUGAAAAACCAGGAGAAGAUCCCUGAUUCUCCGAAUUCUCCCCCUUCGCCGCAGUUGUACAAUGUCAAGGACAUUGUCAAGCUGGUUCAGGACCUUCAUUCCUCAGAAGAACAUUUACAAACACGUUGGUUUAAUGCGAUGCUAGGGAGGUUGUUUCUUGCAUUGUACAAAACUCCUGAGAUGCAUGAGUUCGUUCGGAAUAAGAUCACAAAGAAGAUUUCGCGAGUUCCUAAGCCGAAUUUCAUUUCCAGAAUUGCGUUACGGAAAAUAGACAUGGGCCAGGGUGCACCGUUCAUUACGAAUCCGAGGCUCAAGGAUCUGACUGUCGACGGAGACUGUACUGUGGAAGCUGAUGUAAACUACAGUGGCAAUUUUCGUAUUGAGAUUUCUGCAACUGCUCGAAUCGACCUUGGCCAGCGGUUUAAGGCUAGAGAGGUUGAUCUGGUGCUCGCCGUGGUACUUAAGAAGUUGACGGGUCAUAUGCUGUUUCGCUUCAAGCCGCCCCCGAGCAAUAGGAUCUGGUUCUGCUUCGCGAGCAACCCUGACAUGACCAUGUCCAUUGAACCCAUCGUCAGCGCCAGGCAAAUAACGUACACGUUCAUUCUCCGGGCGAUUGAAAGUAGAAUCAGAGAAGUCGUGGAAGAGUCGCUCGUGCUUCCUCACUGGGACGAUGUGCCGUUCCUUGAUACAAUCUCCUUACCCUUCCGUGGCGGUGUCUGGCAACGAGAAAUCCCAAAAAUAAUAGACAAAGUUGAAAUACCGGACGAAACGGAAGAACAUGACGAGUCCGAAGAAUCUGUUGAUACAAUUCCCGCCGAGGCUUUGAAAUCCAAGGAUGACCGCAGCUCGAGUACUCCUGAUUUCUUCAAACCAUACCCACCGAGCUUGAAGUCUCGCAAGAGCUCUAAAUCGACUUCUUCCGAUACGCCGAUUGAGGAGGGCGCUGCUUCGUCCUCAGUUGAUAAGCGUAUCAGCUCAUCGCCUCCAGAAGCAAUCCGCGCGCGAACCUUUUCCAACGUUAUUGACCCCAUUGUCACACUCGAUCAUGGCAAGGUAGACAGGGUUGAUAGUGAAAUGCCGAAGGUCAAUGGACGAGACAAAGCGAAACGAGAUGCAACCAGCUCGAUGAUUGAGAUCAAGACUCGUUCUCAGUCUAACUCUAUUUCAAGCACGCCGUACGGGUCCCCACGAAAGGAACAUACUUUUGAGAAGCCUUCAUUCCAACCUCAGGGCGAAGACCUAUUUUCUACCGAGCCACUCGACAUGAAAGAGAACGAAGACCCGCGACGCCCAGACUCUUCCCACUCCGAGGCCUUUUCCAGCACGGUGUCAUUGACAUCUACAAUAACCAAUGAAGAGAAAAAGCGCAGUAAACCGUUUGAGGGAAUCUCAAGGUCAUUGACACAGUCGAGCUCUGAUAGACGCUCAACAAUGGCUGCUCUGGGAACAGCAACAGCUGCUGCUGCAAAGAAAUGGGGCUGGAAUGUUCUGUCCAAGGGUGAACAAGGCAGGGCAGGAGAUACAGGCCCGAAACCAGGCACACCAGAAUACCCCAUCGGACGCGGUCGUCCUCUACCUCCACCCGGCACUCCUCUUCCACCACCAGAACGUAACAGCUUCAAAUCCAAUUCCAUCAACGUCCCGCGCAGAAAACCGGUCCCUCCACUCCCUGACUUUCUACAAAGCGACAAGCGACCUGUUCCACCGCCUCCAUUGCCGAAGAGGAAAAACGCACCUCUCCGCGAGACCAACGUUAUUUUUACCGACGAGGUCCUCGUCGUCCAAGCCCCGGCUGAUUCCUCCGAGCCCAAUAGCCCAGCAAUAGCUGCUCCGCAUGUCGCAGACCUUCAAAUCGACGUCUCGGAAUCGCAACCCCAUGUACACCAUCUACAGCAACAUCAGCUUCCAAGCGAUGAUGGCCACUCGGACUCGGGCUUUGAGCAGAUCGGAAGCGAGUCUGUCAAUGACGCUUGCAGUUCAUUGCGCUCGCACUCUACGUCAUCCCUUCCAGCACCAGCUGGACCCACGGCAGCGGUGGUGACGAGUGACUCUAAACCAGAGCAUGAAGAUGAUGAUGAGAUUAAGAAGGAUGAACUUGCACGCGACUCUUAGAUUUCGCUCCAGAAGGGUUUGAUCUUGUAAUUCUCUACUCUGCUUUAUUUGGCGGCGCUGUUGUAUUCAUUUCCAUUGUUUAAGUUAAUGUGUCCCUGCAGGUCUGGUCAUCUGCAAUGGCGUUGGGUGUAUGCUACCCUUGAUAUCGAACUGUAUAUAUCGACUUGCUUGAUAGUCAUGGGUAUUUAUUAUAUUUGCUUUGCUACUCUGAAGGAUGAAAUAGUUAUUUUUUCAAUAAUUGGACUCGUCGACUAAUG